AUGGCGCGCCCGCGCAUCCCCGCCCUCUACGGCAUCCUCCAAUUCUGCCUCCGCCUCACCCUCGUCGUCUUCGAAGUAUGCGCUCUCGCAGCCCUCAUCACCCUCUCACGAUAUGGAUUUGACUUCCCCAUCGGAUACGUCACGUCCGUUUCGGGCAUCAUCUACUCCAUGGCCGAGAUGGUAACGCUAGCCAACUCGACCGGCCAGAUCCCGCGCAUGCGCACCGGCGCCCUCGUCGUCGCCGACUUCGUCCUCUUCGUCCUCGGCCUCGUCGCCUUCUUCUACUUCAUCAUCCUCAACGGCUGGCGCAACGGCAGCCCCCACCGCGAGUACAAGGCCUGGCGCGACGACCCCCUCCGCGUCGAGAAGGCCACCUGGGCCCCCUGGUACAUGUGGCUGCAGCUCAUCGCCGCCGUCCUGCACUUCCUCUACAUGGUCAUGCACUGCGUCGACGCCUGCAAGGAGGGCCCCGUCCAGGAGAGGAGGCGGCGCGAGAGGCGGAGGCAGAGGGCGCUGCAGAGGGAGAGGGCGAGGGAGCGGGAUCUGGAGACGGCGGAGGUCAUGACGCAGCAGCAGCCGGUGCCGACGACGACAACGACAACAGUUACGCCGACGACGAGUUAG